AGCCUCUUCUACGUGUCCCGUGCUUUAAAUUGCCGCCAGGCGGCGGCCGGGCCUCUCUAAACAUCCGAUCGGAGCGGGGCGGAGCAAGCGAGAUUUCUCCGACUCGCUCGCGUUCUCCUUCGUUCUCGAUCUCAUCGGUGUUCUUGGGGGCUCUCUUCGUCGGAGGCUGAGAUGGGGUUUUUGUCAUUCGCCGGGAGGGUUCUCUUCGCCUCGUUCUUCAUCCUGACCGCGUAUCAAGAGAAUAUGCUGUUGGCUUGAUGGUAGAUUUCACUUGGUUGACAUUGUGAUGCAUGGAUUCCCAUGUUCUCUGAAUUUGGAGUUGAUGGUGGUCCAGCAGCUGAGGCUUUGGCUCCGAAAUAUGACCUUUUUGUGAAUCAUGUUUCCUCACAUCUGGGAGUUAAAGUACCAGAAGUUGAUAUUAAACAUAUUGUCAUUUCUACUAUAGUUCUGAGAGGGCUUGGAGGCCUUCUGUUUAUCUUCAGCAGCUCGUUUGGAGCUUAUCUCCUGCUUUUGUAUUUGGCGUUGGUCACACCUAUUUUGUUCGACUUCUAUAACUACAAUGUUGAGAAGCCCGAGUUUGCACAACUUGUUGUCAAGUUUGCGCAGAAUUUGGCUCUCUUUGGCGCCACACUUUUCUUUAUUGGGAUCAAGAACUCAAUGCCAAAGAAACAACCCAAGAGGAAGACUCCCAAAACGAAGACCACAUGAGAUAACCCUGCAGGCUGGUUGAUGCAGCGGGGAAAUCAGGCGGCAUUGAGGUGAUUUUACAUUAACAAGCAGUUGCCGCCUCUGUGGAUCUACGGCAGCCGGCCUUGUCAUUCUGUACUUCUAUUUGUGUUCCUAUUUUUUGUUGUUGUUUGUGGAAGUUGUCUGUGGUCAGAUGCUCUGCAUCUGAGAUGUGAGUUGGCAGUUUAGGAUUAUGUUGUAUACUUCAUACCCAAAAAAGAGCAUAUUUAAUCUUGAGAUUGUGCCCAAAGUAUGAGAACUUGAAAGCCUAAAGGUAUUUCUUUGA